AUGGGUUCUAGAUUACAAGGCACAUCACCACACAGAAUGUUAGGUAAGAAGUACGGAUCCAUAUACACCUUUUACUUUGGGCCUCACCCUGUGGUUGUGUUCUGUGGCUAUGAAGCUGUCAAAGAAGCUUUGGUGGAUCAUGGGGAAGACUUUAUAGGUCGUGGUAGACAGCCUACAGUGGACAGAGUCUUCCAAGGAUAUGGAAUAUUAAGAAAAUCCGAUGUUGAUGUUACCUGUGAGAGGAUCCUGUCUGCUUCAGCAGUAUCAAAGCUCAAUGUAGAAGCUAUACAAGACAUGAUUCCAAUGAUAAUGAACCAUCUCCCAGGUCCACAUCAGAAAAUCACCACAUUGUUGGAAGAGCUGAAUGAUUUUGUCGCUGAGAGAGUGAAAAUGAACCAAGAGACACUGGAUCCACAGAAUCCCCGAGAUUAUAUAGACUGUUUCCUCAUGAAAAUGCACGAGGAGAAGGACAAUCCUGACUCAGAAUUCAACAUGAGGAACUUAAUUCUUAGUCUUAACAAUCUAUUUUUUGCUGGUGGUGAGACGGUGGCUACAACAUUAAAACAUGGAUUUCUUAUCCUCCUCAAAUAUCCAGAUUUACAAGCUAAGAUAUAUAAAGAAAUAGAUGAUGUGAUCGGACGGGAUAGACAGCCAAACAUUGAUGACCGGAGCAAGAUGCCGUACACAGACGCUGUCAUCCACGAGAUCCAGAGAUUCAGUGAUGUCAUCCCCAUGAAUGCACCACAUUCCGCUACCAGGGACACUAUCUUUAGAGGAUACACUAUCCCUAAGGGUACUGGAGUCUGUGCCUUGCUGUGCUCUGUACUGGAAGAUCCUACAUAUUUUGCUACCCCAGACAAAUUUAAUCCUAACCAUUUCUUGGAUUCUGAGGGAAAUUUCAAGAGAAACGAAGCCUUUGCACCAUUUUCCUUCGGGAAGAGAUUAUGUCUUGGAGAAGGUUUGGCUCGCAUGGAACUCUUCUUAUUUUUUACAUCCAUUUUACAGAAUUUUGAGCUGACAUCACAAACACAGUUUACAGAUUCCGAUAUUUACCCCAGAAUGACUGGUUUUGCCAAUGUUCCCAUCUCUUACCAGAUGUCAUUUGUGUCACGUGGAUUUUGAAAUUCUUUGACGAUCAUUUUCCUCCUAUACACUUGAAUGUAACAGUCCAAAUAUUAGAGUAGAUUAGUAUGUUCAGCUAUUACCAUUAUUGACCAUUCUUAAUAAACUGACCAUAGGGUAUAGGUUGAAAAAUGUUUUUAAGAAAGGAUCAAAAUAGCAUAGAAAAACAUAAAAAAAACAUCAAAUUC